AUGGACACCGCUAAAGCAUACUCAACAGCUAAUACUGGCCUGAUAGAUGGGUUAGAUGGCGAAGUAAAGAACAGGUUAGUAACUCAAACUAGAAUAGAGCCAGGUAAGGCACGUGCCCUGAUCGUCAAGCAGGAAAGCACUAUCCAGGCGCUUGAGGCACGCAUCAAGGACCUGGAAUCGGAACUCACAACAGCAGAGCUUUCAUUGGCUCGUCGGGAGAUUCUUCAUAACAAGGAGGUAGAGAGGCUACGAGAACGGCUAUCAAUUUACGAGCCCGACGGAGAACCUGCAGACACUGCACUAACUGAAAACAUCCAGCACUUAAGGAGCACGCUUCAGGAAAAGCUAAAGAGCCUAGAGGAAGUGGCGUCAGAGCGGGUCAGGAUCGCCGUUAUUGAGUCACGCCUCCAUGCAAAGCCAUCUUUCAAGACCCUUGCAGAGAAAAAGGAUGAAUCAGCAAGAAAGACGCGCGACGAACUCCGGAAUGAUUUCAUCAAGCGGCUAAAUGAGGAGAAGGCAGAGCUUAGUGCUUCCCUGGAGGCUGAGGUACAAAAGAACAAUAGCUUAAACAAGGAGAUAGGGGACUUGCGCAACAUGAUCGCUGUCCUGCGCUCUGACCUUAAAAAGCUUGUUCAGGAGCAAGUUAUAACACAGCGUGCACAGAACUUCGAAGGGAUCUCCCCCCACAAAGCCUCUCCACCUCGUCCCGAUGAUGACUCCAAAUAUCCAUACUCCAAGGAUGCGGACAGAAGCGUAGUAGGGUCUCAGAGACAAAGGUCAAGAAACUCCACGCAGAUCGGCCAACUUGGCUCUGAAAGGCCAGAGUUUUCUGCAUCAGGACAAACGGCAUUCAUGUCCACACAACACACCUCGCUUCCUGUAAUCGCGGGUGCACUUGCUAAUGGGUCUGGCCCUGGGAGGAAAGCGCAGCAGGCAGGAACUCUCUACGGCCACAACGAUAUCCUGGCUACUAUUGCUAACGCCGAGUCUCCUACCAACCACUCCCCAACUCUCUGUCGCUCCGUUGGAAGGGGCGAGGCCAUACGGCAGCAGCAAGAAAUACGCACCCUCAAACAAAGGCUCACCAUUCUUAUGCGCUCAAUAGACGACCUUAAGGACGAGUUGAAAUGCAUAAUAGGGGCGACUCUUCUGUCUAUGAGAGAGGCUGGACUGCACCAUGUCCUUUCUGAUCAUUCCUAUACGUUAACAGAGACCGAAAGACUGCGGUUUUGUGGCUGCCUGGCAAAUAACCCUCCAAUAAUUUUAGCGUUGAUCAGAUUGGCUCAAGCAGCUAUUCUCCCGCCUCGAGGCCAAGGCCAGGAGCCCGCUGGAGACACCAAGAUAACACGGAGGCUGCCCCUGUUAUGCACAGAGCUGGACACGCGGAGACUAUGUGGUCUAGAGAAGAGCAUUUCUCCUCCACGGCGGCGCAUUGAACCAGUCAUUCCGUUUGAUGAAUGA